GCACACUUCAGUCCGCAAACAAACGCCUCGCCGAUAUGUCCGCCAGCAGCAGCAGUACGCCGUCCAAGCGAUUGUUGGAUUUAAGCCUGGAAGAUAAGAAGCGCUUUCUGGAUUCGUUCGAUUACGUUCUAACCGAUUGUGACGGUGUAGUAUGGAAUCUGUACGGACCGAUCGAAGGCGUUGGCAGUGCGAUCAGUGCGUUGAAGAGCCAGGACAAACGUGUGGUCUACGUUUCCAACAACAGCGUGCGAACUCUGCAGAAUUAUCGAGAUCAGGUUCGGACGCUGGGUCACGAAGUGGAUGACGAGGACGUCGUUCAUCCAGUCGUCAGCGUGAUCAAGUAUUUGAAAUCGAUAAACUUCGAUGGCUUGAUCUACGCUAUAUGUUCACAAUCGUUCCUGGAUUCGUUGAGGGAUGCAGGGUUUGAAGUUAUUCAUGGGCCGAACGAUGCACAACCAGAAUCGCUCCGUCUUAUCAUUCCGGUGAUUUACGAUAAGAAACCCGUCAAAGCGGUGGUGGUAGAUUACGAUUUCAAUUGCAACCAUACCAAACUGCUGCGGGCGGAGCUGUAUUUAAAGGGCGACCCGGAAUGCAUGUUGAUAGCUGGUGCAACCGAUCGAAGUAUUUCCGUAACGCAGCAAUUUGAAGUUCUGGGCUCGGGUCGAUAUGUGGAUGUGUUGGAGCAGGCCACCGGGCGGACGGCCAUGGUUUUGGGCAAACCGGGACAUCAGUUGGGCGUACAGUUGAAGUAGCAAUACGGGAUCCAAGAUUCGCGAAGGGCGUUGUUUGUCGGGGACAUGAUUGCACAGGAUGUCGCCUUUGGGAAAGUGGCGGGAUUCCAGACGCUGCUAGUGCUGACCGGUGGGGCUAAGAACGUGGACGUCGAGAAGAUAUCGGAUGAGAGUUUUGUGCCUGAUUACUAUACAGAGAGCUUUGCCGAUUUUGGCAAGUUGAUAGAAGAAGUGAACGAUGCAAAGGGGAAAGCUAGUCUGUGAAUAAAUGCGUAAAAUUGAAUCCAACCAAAUGUAACAAAAUGUAUUAUACUUUCAAAUCGA